AUGCUCGUUCUGGAGGAACAGCGGUACAUUCAAGAGGACCUCGAGCGCCUGGAGCAAGCGAUUGCAGACCGUGUACGCGACGAACCGAAGCACAUUCGCGAUCGAUUGAACAGAGAUCACGAAGUUGCGCAGCUCCUCGAUCAGAUCCAAUCGCAGUCGAAGGCUCUGCUAGCCAUUUACAAGGACGAAACUGGCAGCCGUGCGCAAGAAAUCCAGCAAAUCGGCACCGGUGAUCCCUUUGCAGAAUUUUACAAAGAAGCUGAAAAUAUAAGAGCUCAUCAUGCGCGAUAUCCCAACGAACAAGCAGAAAAUUCGGAGCAGCGAUACCGUUCUCGGCGGCCGGACGAGACUGAUAUGCCCUCCAUCGUCGACACUAUUUUCAGUGGCGAAGAGGCGUACGGCCGAUUCUUUGACCUAAAUUCCGCAUAUGAUGCUUAUCUCAAUCUUCCCAACGUCAAGCGAUCCAACUAUCUACAAUAUCUUGAGAUCUUUGAUCACUUUACACCUGGACAAGGAGGCCUGAAGAGAGCCGACAAAAUGACAGAUCAGUAUUUUAGCUAUGUUGGUGGUCUGGCAGACUACUUGGAAAGCUUUCUGCGUCGUACACGGCCUCUCGAAGAUGUGGACAAGAUAUUGUCCUCUUUUGAUGACGAUUUCGAUGCCCAGUGGCAGAAGGAUGAGGUGGAUGGGUGGCAAAAUACUGCGCCUGCGAACGGCAGCGCCAAUAACCUCAGCAGUCCCGAUGCCGUUUGGUGCGAAGACUGCGAAAAGGAGUUCAAGAACGAAAACGUAUACAAAAACCAUUUGACGGGCAGAAAGCAUAUCAAGGCUGCUGAGCAAAGGAAAGCCAGGCAGAAUGAGUCUGCUCACAACUCUACUGGCGGAGCCGUAGUCUCAGCUACGCGACUCAAGGAACGUGCUAUUGCUCAACGUGAGUACCGCGUGAAACGUCUCGCAAGUGCUAUGAGUACGGAGCGCAGCGACACCAGGGUCAACGUGGAGCGCAAGCAGGGCAUGACGGAGCGCGAGCGGCAGCAAGAACUGGAAAAUCUUUUCCACUCUACCGAAGAACAGCGGCAGCCUACUGGAGACGGCGAGGACGAAGAUGAUGACGACGACGACAAGAUCUAUAACCCUCUGAAGUUGCCGCCAGGCUGGGAUGGCAAGCCUAUCCCCUACUGGUUGUAUCGUCUGCAUGGCCUUGGCGUCGAGCUGGAGUGCGAGAUUUGCGGCAACUACGUAUACAUGGGAAGGCGCUCAUUCGACAAGCAUUUUAAUGAGGCUCGCCACCUGUACGGCCUCAAGUGUCUCGGCAUCACUAACACAACCCUAUUCAGAGACAUCACCAAGAUUGACGAAGCACUGAAGCUGUGGGAGAAGAUUCAAAGGACAGAGAAGAAGGCCAAAGUUGACGAGGGUAGUGUCGUGCAGAUGGAGGAUGGAGAGGGCAAUGUCAUGCCCGAGAAGGUGUAUUAUGAUUUGCAGAAGCAAGGUUUGCUGUAA